AUGCUCGGCGUCGACAAGAUCCGCCGGCCGGCAGCCGCACGCACCCACCCGCUCGCCAAUGCACUCAUGCUCGUUCUCGGCGCCGGGCUCGUCUACAUCGCAGCGUCGAGGGCCGCCGCAGAGAACGCGACUGCUCUGAAGCCAGAGAUUGAUGCACUGCAUGCCCGGCUGGAGGAGAUUGCUCGCCAACAGCAGCGUGCGGACGAGACUGGGAAGGCUGUGCGAGAAGCUGCCCGUGGAAUCAGUUCUCUGAAUGAGAAGGUCGUCGCCAGCACCGGGCAGCUCGCGGCGCUCGUGCUCUCCGAGUCCCACCACUUUGCGACGGCGUGGGAGGCCAUCGCGGCCACGGAGAGGGCGGUCAACGCGAGCGGCGCGUCGGUCGUUGCGAUCAGCGCCGCCACGGCCCGGGUAGAGGAGCGGCUCGUCGCUCUGACGAGCGACACCUCCUCGCUCCUUGUCGAGCUGAGGGCCGCCCGGCAGGAGCUGGCGGCGCUUCGCAGCGAGGCCGCGGCCGCGCGUCGGACGCCGGCCAUUGCCACCGCAUCGACCGCAGGCGAGGAGCCGCAGCAUUCGGCCGUAGCAUCGGAUCCGGCGGCCGAAGCGCCAGAGCCGGCGGCCGUAGCAACGGAGCCCCCGCCGGCCGUGGCGGAGCCAGCGGCGGCGGCGGAGCGGGUGGCGGCGGAGCCGGUGGUGGCGGAGCCGGUGGCCUCAGCUUUGGUGAGCACGACGGCGCUCCCAGCGGUUGGCGGCGCGGCUGAGGUCGCUCCUGCUCCGGUCAGCAGCGUCAGCGAGCCGGGCAGUGUGAGUGUCGCCGAGCCGGGCAGCCUCGCCGACGCCGCGAGCAGCGCCGACGUCAACCCCGCCGACGGUGUAAGCUUCGCGGCCGCGGGCAGCGAUGAUGUCGACCUCGCCGAGGGCGGCGUCAGCGCGGCUGUCGGCGCUGCCGGCGCCGUCGGCACCUCGGAGGCUGGGCACAGUGCCGCAUAG